AUGCAAAUUAGAACUGCAAUCGAGUCUUCCCAAAUUGCUCUCAACCUUCUUCCGUCAGGAAUUGCGGUACCAUUGAAUUUUUCAGAGGGCGUUGAUAAUACAGCAGGCGAGUUCUUGAAUGAAGCAGCUGCAUCGGCGCAAAAGCUGGCUUUCAAUGGGCUAUUUAGCAGCGUACUUGCCGGUCCUACUAACGAGAGCGACGAGUACGUUGACGUACCGGUAUAUCUGGGUCGACCUAGCUCGUCUGUUUCCGUCGAUGUCGAUUGGUUGAAGUCACAACUAGCACCUGAUACGCAACUGCCAAUCAAAAUCCGUCAAUCACCAGCUUCUCCUCAAGUUAAUUCUCAAGAGCUCGAAGUUUUCUCGGGAUUUCCCUCAUCACUGAAAGAAGAUUCAGCCUUCUCCAAAGUAUCUGAACUCCUCCAGCAGCUCACUCCCGGGAGCAUACAUCACCUCGAAUUAGGAUCCGAGUCAACAAAUGGUGGCAAGACUGCUUGUUGUUUAUUUGGUGAAUUUUCGGGCUAUUGGGUUGGGUUGAUUGGCUGUCGCGUUGCCACUUGA